UAUUUUAGUUAGAAUCCGGUUAAGACAAAGUAUAUACUUUUAAAAUAAAUAAAUUGUAUAAUGUAAGGUGUAUCAUUUAGCUGUUUGAUAAUAAGAGUUAUCGCAACGUACAUUUUGAUAGAACUUGUAACUACUGACUAAUAGAAUAUACAUAUCUAUAUAUAAAGUCAAAACAUAUGGGAAAGCAAGUGGAGAGUAUUAAAGAAGAACACGUGACUUCUGUCCAUCUCUCUUGAGUCGAUCGAUCUCAAAAAAGGAUGGUUCUAAAUUCGUGCAAAAGACCACGUGACGUGACUACCUCUUGAUUCAAUCCAUUGAUAGAUGGUUUAUUAUUUUUAAUUAUUCUAGAACCUCCCUUAACCAAGUGGUUUAAGGUUUUUGAAACUAGCAUAUAAACCCUUCAAACCCUUCUCAUUUUGUUCAAAUCAAAACAAUCAAAACUUCACUUCAAUUCCUUUCUUAAAAUCUUCAUAUAUCUUUCUACAUAUAACUAGUCACAACUCACAAGCCUAGUUAUAAAGUAUAAACCACUAUUAAUUAGUCUUGAUCACUUAUGGGCAACCAAGGGCUAAUUUACAUGCUACUUCUUUUAAUCACCCUCUAUAUACCUGCUAGCAAUGCAGCCACUGAUCCAGCCGAUAUGAACUACGUCUCUGCCUCGUGCAGAACUACGCGCUACCCGUCUCUAUGUGUUCGUUGCCUCUCAAAGUACGCGAGUUCCAUCCAACAAAACGAUCAACGUCUAGCCAAAACAGCCAUUUCGGUCAGUCUAGCCAACGCUAAGUCCACAUCAGCAUACAUUUCCAAACUAGCCAACUCCACAGGGCUAAACCCAGUCGUGUACCAAGCCGUAAAAGACUGUGUCAACAGCAUGAAUAACUGCGUCUCAAGUUUGAACCAAUCGGUUCAAGAAUUCGGUCAAAUGGGUCAGUUUAGGAGUCAGAGUACUUUUGAAUGGCACAUGAGUAAUGUCCAAACAUGGGUUAGUUCUGCUUUAACAAAUCAGAACACUUGUUCUAGAGGAUUCUCUGAUGCUUCAAUGGAUGGACCUGUGAAAGCUGCCGUGAUCCGGAGAAUGAAUUAUGUGUCUGAACUCACUAGUAAUGCACUUGCUUUAGUCAAUAGGUUUGCUUUGAGGCAUAAGGCCGGCCGUACACACAUUCCUUGAGUGUUGUUUAUGGUGAUCUCUCUAAACUAAUGAAUAUGUUUUAGAAAUAUAUAAGUUUCGUGUUGGAAUGGAAACUACAUAGAAUAUCGAUCAGGUUGUUCGUUAAAGACUAGACAAUAAUGUAUUAGUGACUUUUAUGUAUACAAUGUUAAACACUUUUGUUUUCGUUUUUUAAUUUAGUUACAGCU